AACAAUUACUCCGACGAAGAAGAAACCAUCAACAAGAUAUGCGAAACUUUACCUGCGCUGUCACUUCGGUUUGGUCUUUUCAGUAAGAGGGAUGGGACUCUUCCCAAGGAGAAGCGUUUUAUCAAUACUUUUCUUCAUUAUUCUCCUGUCAGAGGGAUAUUUUCGAUGGGUUGAGGCCGAGCACUGUGUGUGGUACGGUGAGUGCGGGGAAUCUGUAAAGGUGCCUGGGAAAAAGUACAACUGCAACUACACCGGUCCUCCCAAGCCGCUCCACCCUGAGGGCUAUGAGCUUCUCACGGAACUUUGUCCGGGAUAUGACUAUGGAAACCGAAGCCUCUGCUGUGAUGUGGAUCAGUUGCAUACUCUCAAAGGGAGUCUCCAGCUGCCCCUUCAGUUCCUGUCUCGGUGUCCCGCCUGUUUCUUCAAUCUGAUGAACCUCUUCUGUGAGCUGACAUGCAGCCCCCACCAGAGUCAGUUCAUGAAUGUCACAAAGAUCAAUGCGUCCAGUGUAGAGGAAGUGCAGUACUAUAUAGGGCAAAGUUUUGCAAAUGCCAUGUACAAUGCCUGCAAGGAUGUUCAGGCACCAUCUAGCAAUGUGAAGGCCCUAUCACUUCUGUGUGGCAAGGAUGCAAAGGACUGCAAUGCUACUAACUGGAUCCAGUACAUGUUCGAUAUUAACAAUGGACAGACUCCCUUCCCUAUCAUUCCGAUAUUCUCAGAUGUUCCGGUGUCUGGUUACACUCCCAUGAACAACAAGACAUAUGCCUGCACAGAGGGCUUAGAGGACGGUUCAGGUCCUUGCUCCUGUCAGGACUGUACAAAUGCCUGUGGGCCCAAACCUGUACCGCCUCCUCUCCCCCCACCCUGGACAAUCCUUGGUAUCGAUGCCAUGACUGUCAUUAUGUGGCUCUCUUACAUGGCCUUCCUGCUUCUCUUCUUUGGAGCUAUACUGGUAGCGUGGUGUUACAGGAAAAGGACAAUCAUGUCUGAGUAUGGUCCCAUACUGGACAGUAACAACCCACUGUCUCUUAACAGUGAUAAUCCUGACCGAGUAAACGCAUCAUGCUGUGAAACUCUUGGCGAACGCUUCGAGAAUGCACUGCGAACCCUCUUCAGCUCCUGGGGUUCCUUCUGCGUGCGCCGUCCCUUUCUGGUAAUACUGGGCAGCCUGAUACUUGUGGUAGCCUCCUCUGGGGGACUUGUCUACAUGCGCAUCACCACCAACCCUGUCGAGCUGUGGUCUUCUCCCACCAGCCAGGCCCGUCAAGAGAAGGACUAUUUUGACAGCCACUUUGGACCCUUCUUUAGAACUGUGCAGCUCAUUAUAACCACUCCACUCAAAAACACUUUCAUCUACUCCCCAUACUUUGGAGGAUCAGAUGUCCCAUUUGGAGCAAUACUGGAUAAAGACAUCCUGCACCAGGUUCUGGAUUUGCAGCUUGACAUCGAAGCCAUUGUGGCCACAUACGAGGGUCAAAAUGUCACCCUGAAGGACAUCUGUUUGGCUCCACUGUCUCCGUACAAUGACAACUGUACCAUCCUGAGUGUCCUCAACUACUUCCAGAACAGCCAUGCUGUGUUGGACCACAGCAUAGGAGAUGACUUCUUUGUCUAUGCUGACUUUCACAGCCACUUCCUCUACUGUGUCAGUGCACCAGCAUCCCUCAACGACACCACUCUGCUCCAUGACCCCUGUUUAGGCACAUUCGGGGGCCCCGUCUUCCCAUGGCUGGCCCUUGGGGGUUAUGAUGCCACCAACUACAACAAUGCCACUGCAUUAGUGAUCACCUUUCCACUCAACAACUACCUGAAUGACUCAGGCAGGCUGGGAAAAGCUCUGGCAUGGGAGAAAGAAUUCAUCAAGUUCAUGAAGAACUUCAAAAAUCCCAACCUGACCAUAGCGUUCAGUGCAGAGAGGAGUGUUGAAGAUGAAAUUGACAGAGAGAGCAACAGCGACAUAAACACCAUUGUCGUCAGCUAUGCCAUUAUGUUCAUCUACAUCUCCGUGGCCCUGGGUCGCAUCCACAGCUUCAGGAGACUGAUGGUGGACUCUAAGAUUUCUCUGGGUAUAGCAGGUAUCCUGAUUGUACUCAGCUCUGUGUCCUCCUCACUCGGGAUCUUCAGCUAUGCCGGUGUCCCUCUCACGCUCAUUGUAAUUGAGGUCAUUCCCUUCCUGGUUCUGGCUGUUGGAGUGGACAACAUCUUUAUUGUAGUGCAGACAUACCAGAGGGAUGAGCGGAUGCCACAGGAGGAACUACACCAGCAGAUUGGUCGUAUUCUUGGAGACGUUGCCCCUAGCAUGUUCCUCUCCUCGUUCUCUGAGACAGUGGCCUUCUUUCUGGGAGCCUUGUCCAACAUGCCUGCCGUGAGGACAUUCUCUCUCUUUGCUGGCCUGGCUGUUUUUAUUGAUUUCCUGCUGCAGAUCAGCUGCUUUGUCAGCUUGCUCGGCUUGGACGCCAGAAGACAGGAGGGGAAUCGACUCGACAUCAUCUGCUGCGUGAAGCUACCGGAACGUCAAGAAACAAAGACAGAUGGCUUCCUCUUCUGGUUUUUCAAGAAGGUCUAUGCCCCAUUCAUCCUCAAAGAGUGGGUGCGACCGAUCAUAGUGGCAGUGUUUGUGGGAAUACUCUCCUUCAGUAUUGCUGUGAUGAACAAAGUAGAAAUUGGACUGGACCAGAAAUUAUCCAUGCCUGAUGACUCAUACGUCCUGGACUACUUUAAGAACAUGAGCGAGUAUCUCCACACUGGAGCUCCAGUGUACUUUGUGGUAGAGGAUGGUCUCAACUACAGUAGCCCAGAGGGCCAGAAUGUUGUAUGUGGAGGGGUGGGCUGCAACAACAACUCCCUGGUCCAGCAGGUCUACUCAGCCUCACUCAUCAGUAACUACACAACCAUUGCCGUCACACCAUCCUCCUGGCUGGAUGAUUACUUUGACUGGGUGAAGCCUCAGUCCACCUGCUGUCGAUACUACAACACCACCGGGGACUUCUGCAAUGCCUCGGUGGUAAAUCCAUCUUGUGUGCACUGUCGGCCCAUGACUCCUUCUGGAAAGCAGAGGCCCAUAGGAGAAGACUUCAUGCGGUUUCUACCCAUGUUCCUGUCAGACAAUCCCAACAUCAAGUGUGGAAAAGGUGGCCAUGCAACCUACGCCACAGCAGUUGACCUGUAUCCCAACAACACGGGAGUGGGAGCCACUUACUUUAUGACUUACCACACCAUCCUGAAGGAAUCCCCAGACUUCAUAGAUGCUCUGAAAAUGGCCCGAAUUCUGGCUAAAAAUAUCAGUCAGUCCAUGGACCACAAAGUUUUUGCCUACAGCGUCUUCUACGUGUUUUACGAACAGUAUCUCACUAUUGCCUAUGACACAGCUGUGAACUUAAGUGUGUCACUGGCAGCCAUAUUUGUCGUGACGACGGUGUUGUUGGGCUUCGAGCUGUGGUCGGCCGUGGUCGUCAGCCUCACCAUCGCCAUGAUCCUGGUCAACAUGUUUGGCGUCAUGUGGCUGUGGGGUAUUAGCCUCAACGCAGUCUCCUUGGUGAACCUGGUCAUGAGUUGUGGUAUCUCGGUGGAGUUCUGCAGUCACAUUGUGCGAGCGUUUUCCAUCAGUGUGAAGAAUAACAGAGUGGAGCGGGCUGAAGAGGCUCUGGCUCACAUGGGCAGUUCUGUAUUCAGCGGGAUCACAUUAACAAAGUUUGGGGGAAUCUCAAUCCUGGCUCUUUCCAAGUCGCAGAUUUUCCAGGUCUUCUACUUUAGGAUGUACUUGGCCAUAGUGCUCCUGGGGGCCACGCACGGCCUCAUCUUCCUGCCUGUACUGCUCAGUUAUAUAGGUCCUUCAGUGAACAAAGCAAAGGUGUUUGCUGCUAACCAGCGCUACGCUGGUACAGAAAGGGAGCGCCUCCUCAACUACUAGCAGGCUGUUUGGGACAAUGAACAAUGAACUAACUAUUUGUCUGGAAGGGACUGCGUGGGUGAGCGCAAGCAGUUUCUGUGAUUACUGACACACUCACUGUCAUUGCCACUACUAUGCACGGAUUUAACUCAGGAAUAUACUUGGAUUAGGAGUGCCAGAGGCCUUGUUCAGCUACGUACUUAACUGAUUUCUGCAGAAGAAUUUGGACCCCCCACCAUUCCUCCUCACACUACAGGACAAGCCUGACUUCAGUUUGUGAAGCAUGAGCGACAUAACACGGAACAGAAAACAACACUUUGACAGUGUGGAAGUAGGAGAAACACCACCCCAACAUCAGUUAAUAGACAGACCCUCAGUCAGAUCCAUAUGCUAUCAGCUAUUUUGAUUUGGGAAAAACUCAAAAGGGUAAAACUGGUCAGUUUUUUCAUGUUUUUAAAAUAUAUACCAGGAAAAAAAACUAUGUAAAGUAGAUCUGACAUUGUUUUUGCAAACAUUUACUUAUGUGGGAGUUUUGUAGAACUAUUUGAUAUUAUGAAUAAUUUACUGACUGGAAUAUGGCACACACUGAUGCCAACAGAUAAUAAUAGUGAUAUCAUAGUCCCUCAUAACACCUGGCAUGAACAUGAAUCGCAUUCGCAGCUGUGUCUGCAUACUGUAUUAUAAAGUAGGCCAGCUAGUUGUAGCAUUUUCAUACACAGCAAUAAUAUGUAUUUAAUGUGCACAUAAAGAAACUGGGAUUUGUUUUAGCAGCUUAUCAGCUUGUUGUCGGAUUUGAAACAAAACAGUGACCUUGAGGUUUAAAUGCUGGUUUUCACGUCUGUUGAGAGAGCAGACUAGGAAUUGUAGCCCUUUUUACCUGUAGGAGUACAAGUAAAAUAUACUACAAUUUCACCAUGGACAUGGAUUUAAACAUCCUCAAAGCUGAAAUCUCAAAGUCAUUGUCUCAUUUCAGAUUCUGUUUACUGAAAUACAAGAGCCGAAACAAAAAGCAUGCUGCUGCCAUGUCGUUUAUUUCCUCAUUGGUUGCUAUUUCCAUUAUCCCAUGCCACAUUUCAUUGUAGUGAGUGUAUCUUAAGUGUCCUUUUGAGGUGCUUGCGAGACUAGGUUGUUAGUCUAUCUAGCCGCAGUCAAGGUACAUGUUCAUGCCAGAUGUGAAGGGUGCUAUAAUGCUAACAAUGGUUUUACAUUGAAGUGUAAAUGGGACACUUUUCAGUUACUGGAAAAAAAACAUUUUGUACAUCAGGAGCUGUACAGACACAGCUUUACAUUAAACUGUAAAUAAUAAACACAGGAUUAAUUUAGAUUUAUUCUUUGGUCAGCUAGAGUAUGAUAUACAGAAUGACUGGAUAACGGUACAGUCUUUGAGUUUUUCAUUCCUACACAUUUAAGUUAUUAUUAUUUUUUAAUUUUAUUAACCAUUAACAUUUUGUUACAUUGCUGCCCCCCAAAGGAAUUAAUUAGUUUUCAAGGAAUAAACAACUUUGUGUAGCCAAUUAAAAAAAAAAAACAUCCUAGGACCUUGUUCUCUUGCAUUGCGUACACCUCAACAUGUCUGAGAUUUUGACUAGUGGAGCUGAUCACCCAUUGCACCUUAAUCAGGGUGGUGUGGUCUCACUAAUUUAAUUUGAACAGGGUUGAGACAUUACUGGGAGAGGAGGAGGAUGUAACAUUUUACGCACAGUGUAUAAAAUCUGCCGGGACCUUAAAGGAACAGAAACAUUCCUUGUUUUUAGUUUUCUGGCUUUCUUUGUUUUCCUUCGAUGCAGUAAUGUUUUCUGACAUAUGUAAGAAAGACCUGUGUCGUAGACAAAAACUUAUGUAUGAAAAAUGUUUACAAGUGAAUAAGUUGUAACAUGAAGAAGGAAGAAUUGUGCUUGUUAACAGUGCUGUGCAUUGACAUUGACAAAUAAUCUCUGACAUUGAAGACUAAAUUAAGCACUGGGAUACUUAAGUUUUUAACAAUUUUACAAUAUAUUCACAUCUAUGAAUCUAUUUCUUGACCCCAAAUAUAUGUCUUUUUGCAGAUGUACACUUGAUUUAACAUUAUAUAGUUCUUAAGUACCAGUUAAACAGUUCUUGUUAAGUGAAAUUUUUGUUUUUCAGCUCCUGUCUUGAGUACUUUUUGGAGCAAAGUGUACAGUAAUUUUGUUCUUUUAAGAAGAAUAAAACUCUAGUGGCUGCUACUGUAGCAUAAACCACACACACAUUACUUGAGAUUGCUCAGACUGACCACAGCGUGGCAUCAUCCGUUCACAAAGCUCCGCUUUCAGUAAAGUAGUGGGAGUGACCUAAUUUUUGUGUCUUGAAGAGAGGCAGCCUUGCAGUGCUUUCACGUUGUCAGUGAAUUAAAUAUGUGCAGGGUGCCAGUGUUUAAAAAACGCAGAGUCAGCAGGCCAUAAUGGAGCCGGUUGUUCAGCAUCCAAAUCGGCAGCUUUUAGAUAUUUACACUAAAACUUAAGAGGCCGUCAGUCACUCAUAUCCCAUUUGAAAGUCACUGCCAAACCCAGAGCUGUGUACUUCCUCCCCGGCGUGUGUUGUUGUGACUGUCUGUCCGGCCCUGUUGUCACACAAACCUCCAGCUCAUGACUUAUUUAUCCGCUGCCCUGUGAGACCGGGGCCUGUUCUUUGAAACUGGCUGAGAGAUUAAAAUAUUAAUUUCCUCUGCAGGUCUGCUGUGCUGUCUGCAGGGGAGAACGCACAGGUUGUGAGAGAACUAUUAUGUAAGAUGUGCAAGUCUGCCUGUCUCACACUCUGACCUGCCCCUAUCUUUUAUUACGACACGCACGUACACGUACGAUACAGCACAAUACUGCAAGGCUAUUAUGAUUCAGUAGGGUGUGGAAAAACAUUUCGGGAAUAGAAAAGUAGAAAUAGAAACAAAAAUUAAUGCGUAGUCUUUGCUGACAGAUGCAAUGGAGUAUAAUGAAUCAUGAAUUACAAAAUCUGACAAAUUUAGCCUGGCAGUAAUUCCUAUAAUAUGAAGUUGUUUGUUUGUUUUUUGUACACUAUAUAUAUAUAUGUAUAGUACAAAAAACUGCACAGUUUGGCUUUCUCAACAGUACAUGCACCCAAAGUAGGUUUCAUUUAUGUAAAAAUAGUUACAGUAUAUUGUAUAAUCUGCUGCAGACAGAAUCACUCAGCAUGAUUUUAUUACGAAAGACAUUUUUAUCGUACAAUUUGUUCUGAUGGGGAGAAUGAAUCUCCCGCCCACUGAAUGUCUGCUGUUUGAAUAAUGGUGACCCUGGAUUAUCAAUCCCUGGAAUUUUUUUUUUUUUUUUUUUUUCUUAGAUAACAGGACUAAUCUAUAAAAUAAUCCCUCAAUAAUCUGUUAACUAACACAGCUCAGGGGCUCUAAUUACAACAGUCAUGUAAUUUAAUUUAACAGUUAUGUGUAAAGUUGGUUAUUUAAGUGUAAAUCCACCACAGCUAUUACUGUUAAUACUGUUCAGUAUGGCUACAGGAGACACAACGUUCAGUAACAUUUUUCUUGAAAUGCAGCUGAAUUAAUUUACUGUGUUGCAUUUUCACUGAUGAGACAGAAAACAGCCAUGGUUCCUACUACUGGUUUAAUAUCAAAUAUCAUGUGCAUCAUAUCUAUCUUUAAAGAAUACAGUGCAUCACGUUCAGGCUCAGUCCUAUUUGUUCUGUUUCCCUGUGUUUCCUCCCACAGUUGUCCUUGAGCUCAAACUGGGGGCCUCUGCCACACUGACUUAAAAAGUUGAUCUGCGUGCUUUUUAAAGAUCCAUCAAUAAAUAAGUGUAAGAAGCGUUUAAUGUC